CCUCAGAUUCAAGUCAUGAGGCUUCUCUGUCUGCUGCUGCUGGUCUGCUUGGCUGGUUGUUGUGCUUCCAGAUCAAGAGACUGGGCUCGUGACGGUGCCUCCAUGUUUGCCGACCUCACUGUGCCUGAAUUGAAAGCUGUCCGGGCCUACCUGCAUGGUAUUCCAGAGCUGGAGCUCACCGACGCUCAUAGCAAGACUCUGAAGAAGAACAGCAUCUUACUGAUAGAACUCCAUCUGCCAAGGAAGCAUGAAGCCCUGAGAGCUCUAGACCGUGGACAGGCCAAACCUCCACGUCAAGCCCGUGUGAUCAUCCAGUUUGGGAAUCAGACCAGGCCCAACAUCACUGAGUUUAUUGUGAGUCCUCUGCCAUCCCCAAAGUCCCACGAAGUAAAGACGUUCAAGGGAGAUUUGCCUAUCCAGUUUGAGUCGAGGCCUAUUACUGAUGUAGAGCAGAACCAUAUUAAUGACUUCCUCGAGAAGAUCACAUCUACGGCUCACAAACUUCUGUUUGAGACCACAGGGGGGUUUUCCUUUGCUAACUGCACUGACCGCUGCCUAAUGUCCUCAGACACAGCCCCCCGUGGGCUGGGUCCAGGUGAGAGGAGAAGCUGGAUGAUGCUGCAAAAGUCUGUGGAGGGUAACUUCCUGCACCCAGUUGGGUUUGAGGUACUGAUCAACCACCAGGACCUGGAUCCAGAAAGGUGGACUGUUGAGAAGGUCUGGUAUAACAACAUGUACUUUGACAGUGUUGAGGAACUGGUAGAAAAAUAUGAAUCAGGAGGUGUGGAGAAGGUCAAACUAGCCGAUCAUGAUUUCAGUGAUCUCUACUCUACUUACAUCCCCCGGGGUCAGACCAACACUCCCACUAACAUCCAUGGGCCAAAACUUGUGGAGCCCCAGGGGCCUCGUUACAACGUUGAUCGCAAUUUUGUAGAAUAUGCUGGAUGGUCCUUCGCCUACCGAGUUCGCUCAUCAGCUGGACUUGAAGUCUUUGAUGUCCGUUUUAAUGGAGAAAGGAUUGCCUAUGAGAUCAGUCUCCAAGAAGCUGUUGCCUUCUAUGCUGGUGAUACUCCCACUGCAAUGCAAACAAAGUUCAUCGAUUCUGGCUGGGCAAUGGGCAGCUCAAACUAUGAGCUGGCGCCUGGAAUCGACUGUCCAGAAUUUGCCACCUUUGUUGACCUUUACCACUACUUUGACACAGACAAACCCGUGCAAUACAAAAAUGCACUCUGUAUUUUUGAGAUGACAACUGCUAUGCCUCUGAGAAGACAUUUCAACUCCAACCCUGGGGGGGGAUAUGACUAUUAUGGAGGUCUGGAAAACACAGUGCUGGUAAUGCGAACAACCUCGACGGUUUACAACUAUGAUUACAUCUGGGACUUCCUCUUCUACCAGAAUGGAGUGGUGGAAGUAAAGGCCAGCGCCACUGGAUACAUUCACGCCACUUUCUUUACACCUAACGGACUUCACUUUGGUACCAAGGUGCAUAAUUAUGUGCUGGGUAACCUGCACACACACCUCAUCCAUUACAAAGUGGACCUGGAUAUUGUUGGUCGAGAGAACAGCUUUGAAACAGUGGAUCUGAAAUUUGUCAACUUCACAAAUCCCUGGAGCCCGAAGAAUUUCAUCGUCCAGUCUAAACUCCACAGGACUGAGCACAAGACCGAGCGAUCUGCUGCUUUCAGUUUUGGUGAAAAGUUCCCUCGCUAUGUGCAUUUUAACAACCCCAAUGAGAAAAAUAAAUGGGGGCAGCAGAGGGGCUAUCGUAUUCAGUACAACUCACAUGCCGACAGUGUCCUUCCAAGAGGCUGGAGAGAGGAAAAUGGCAUCAGUUGGUCAAGGUAUCCUCUGGCUGUGACCCGUCAUAAAGACAGUGAAGCCACCAGCAGCAGCAUUUAUGCCCAGAAUAACCCCUGGGAACCCGUUGUGUCCUUUGAGGACUACAUCAGCAACAAUGAAAACAUAGUCAACCAGGACCUGGUGGCCUGGGUGACAGUCGGCUUCCUGCAUGUGCCUCACUCAGAAGACAUCCCCAACACGACAACACCCGGUAACGCAGUGGGCUUCUUGCUCCGACCCUUCAACUUCUUCAAAGAAGACCCUUCAGUGGCGUCCAGAAGCACCGUCAUCGUCCGGCCGGGAAAGGACAACAAGCUCAAGAUCCAGAGAUGGACACCAGAGGUCAUAGGUCACUGUGUGACAGACAAGCCAUUCUUUUUCAAUGGCACCUAUGCAGAAGUCUAGUUUUGUUUUGUUUUUGUGUUUUAGCGCAUAUGUACUGUUUGCAUCAUUUAAGUAAAUUACACAGUGAAGAUCUCAGAUUAAUAACAAUUACGACUGUUGUCUGUACAUUUAGCCAGAUUUAUUCUCAGUAAUGUCCAACAAUGUCACAGAGUUAUGAUAAUUCUAAUAAAAUGGGAAUUUGGAAAAACAAUCUAUGUAAAAAAUAAAGAAUGAAAGAGAAACAUUUAAAAGGGAAAUUCUGAUAUUUUGUGAACAUUUGUUCAUAAAUUAUGCCUUAAGUAGCUGUUCAUAUGUAUUUUAAAAUCCUAUAUUUUUAAACAGAAAUUUAUUUAGCUGCAUACUCUACACAUUACACAUUCUAAAUCAUAUGCAUGUCUGACCUGUUCCAUAAUUCUCCAUAAUUUUUGAUUUGAAUUGUGGACAACCAGGACCACAUAAAUUAAAAAAUAAAACAUUUCACUGCCCAAGUCAGCUAUAACACAAGUAUUGUUCCUUAGGCUACAUACUGCACAGUCUUAGUGGACAGCUAUAUCCUGGAGUUCAUUGUCAAGGAACAAUGAAUGAGAAUUUCACAGUGAUCAUCAACAGAUGAGUUGCCAUUUAUCAGUUCACCCUCAAAGGCACCUUUGUAUGUAAAGCCAAAUACUUCAAUCAGAUGAUUCAGCAGUCACAUACAUUUGUUUAGGUACAGAAAAUCCAGAAUAAAGAGCAGUACCACAGGGGCUGAAAUUCUGCAAUUAAUAAAACUAUUUACAUUUCAACAAAUACAACUGUUUGAUUAUGUUCUUUUCUUUUGGUUUGCAAAAUGCAAGUAUUAAACUUAAAAUGCUGUGUACCUACAAUUUACAGUGCUGGUAAAUAAAGAAUGACACCCUGUGGCAUCUGUUAAUUCAUUAUGAUGU